GUACAGGUAACUAAACAAGGUGUAUAGAUGUGGACAAAUCUUAUGUGAAACUAGUGUAGAUUACACUAAACCAAAUGUAAACAUGUUUACUGUACACGGCGUUUGGUGUGAACACGGCCAUAUUAAAAUAGAAAAGGCAGUGUUUGGAUUAGUAAGAAUAAUGACAGUCUCCAAAACUUUUAUGGUAAUCGCUGUAUUUCUGAUAGUCGGAUACGAAGAGGGCGCAGUUUGUAACAGUAAAUGGAAGUCUGUUCUGGAAACCGAUGAUUAUGGAAAUUCACGUGGCAGCAAAGAACAAUUAAUAAAAUAUGUGCAAUCUGGUGCUGACAUGCGCAUUAAAGUCCAUAAAUUAGAUUUUGGUGCAGAUGUUCUAAUGGAUGUAAACAAUGCUUACGUUACUGACAAUGAAAUCUGCUGUCAAUCAAUUAUGCAUAUUGGCAAAGAUUCGUGGGAUACAUUUACAAGAUAUGUUUACUGGAGAUUUCUCUUAAUCUGUACUACUGGUCAUGUAAACCAAGCUCGCUGGUAUGUUGGCGACCAUAGCAAACCGGAAGCAGAUACAACGACAAGAAUGACAAUCACGUGGUUCAUUAGGACUAUCAAUUGUGAUGACUAUAAGAACGGAACAACUCCAAUAUACUGCACCAAUGAGAUUGCUUGUGGUCCGAAAUCGAAUCUUUUCGACGCCGUUGCUUCCGGAUCAGACUUACGGGUUGUCGAUGAAGGACUCGGAUACGCCACACGUAUAGAGCAUGCUGCAUAUUCCAAACGAAAAAACACUAUUGGUGCAGAAAGCAUUUGGGCUGUUAGUCAAGUCGCAGUCGAUAAACAUGCUGUAUUUACUAAUGACGCAUUUUGGUGGUUUACGUUAUGGUCGUCUGAAGGUGAGGUCGAUAUGUCAAGAUGGAGUAUUGGGGAACAUAAAAAUUCUGGCCAUUCCAAGUCAAAGUUUGACAUUAAGUGGUAUGCUGAUUCGUGUUGGCAGUUAGCCUAUAGUCAUGAUGGCAACGGUGAGCCAAUUGACGGAUCUCUUGAUCUUUUAAAAGCUGGAAUAUUAUCUGGACAUCGAGUUAGAAUUGUUGUAGGUCCAUACAGUAUUGAAGCAGAUAAUCUUCUUAUUAAAGAUGGACAAGUUAGUGCUCAAUUAUUGGGCCAUGUUUCGAAAAAAGACGUUGAUGUUUUUCAAGAAGAUGUGUACUGGUUCUGGCAACAUGUUGCGACGACUGGCGAAGUAGAAACAAUCCGUCCAUUUGUAGGUGAUAUCAAAUACAAAGGAAUGUCCGGGGGAAGACAUUCGGUCAAGUGGUUCAUGGAUACCAGGCAUUGGAAACGAGCCAUAUCAACCUUCAACUCAAAAUCUGUAACUAAAAAAUCAAAAGAAGACUUGAUUGAUUCCGUGAGAUCACACGGGAGUUCAGUGAGAAUUAUAGUUAAAGAAAAUGAUAACCAUAUAAUGGCGAUUCGAGCUGAUAAUUUAGGUUUCAAUUCAAAUAAUACAGAAAUAUCUGCGCAAUCGAUACGAAAUGUAGGUCAUUUUUAUCCGGCAGGUUCCGUUCGGGAAUUUCCGUCAUCUCCGUAUUGGGAAUUUACUUCUAUUUCAACACUGGGUAUCUGUGUAAAAUCAAAAUGGCUGGUUGGAAAAGACACAGAUGUAGGAUUUGAAGUUAAACAAGUAAAUACGGAAUGGUUUACAAGUUAAUUUACAUGGGCUAGUUUUGAACACUAUUAAACACAUGUACUUUCUGAGCUAAAACAAAUAUUCAAGUAUUAUCAAGUUUUGUGGACUUUUGGUGCUGACAGUCACUAAAAGAUACUCUUUACAUGUUAUUCUGUGUGACGCAUCAUACGAAUUCAAGUUUUGUAGACUUUUGGUGCUGAUAGUCAUUGAAAGAUACUUUUUACAUGUUCUGUGUUACGCAUCAUAUGAAUUCGUCGACAUCGUCAUUUAAGGGUUACAAAAAGGGUAAAAAUGCAUAAAUAUUCAGUUUCUACAAAUUUUAAGUCUUUUUAGAUAUAUCGAAAUGUGCUCUGUUUGAAACUGUAGAAAAGUCGUACGUACACAAUGUAGAAAUGUAGACAUAAUGUUCUCAGAAUUUUAUACCAAGAUUUAAAAAAUUUUGUGAUUUAUUUAUUUCAUCUAUGUUUUGAUUUAAUAUUGUAUCCUCCGAAGAAAUAGAGGCUUUUCUGAUUGUCUGAUGAUGUCAAACAAAUUAACAAAACAAUUUACUCAACACAAGAAAUCUUAACCGAUCGAAUUUCAUGUUGUUAAAAUAAAUAACGGCUCAACAAGUUGAAAAUCAGCAUUGAAGGAGUAUUAAAAAAGAAACCCACAUUACUCAGUGACAAAUUAGCUUGCAUUUUUUUUUAUGCAUGUUGGUGUUCUUAAAUAUUACUAUUAGUGUAUAUUAUUGAUUUAAUUGUUAGCAAAUUAUGACAUUUUAGCCAGAUAACAAGCGAAAAAAAGUAAUACAUAUGUAAUUUAUAUUCAUAACAUUGGUAUAAUCGAUUAAUCAUAUUGUUUAUAAGCGCCUUGUAUGAUUUUAAACAUGAUGUUAAAUUAUUUUUUUCUAACUUUCUGCACUAACAUGUGAUUACUUCUGUAGAAAUUUUCAUCAUCACGUUAAACGUGAACUAGCGGUGAUAAUUUCUAUUUAUAUAUAUAGUAUUAGGUCCGAGACCACAAUUGUCGUCCCGUUGUUCACGAAUAUAGUCCCUAGUGUUGACAGUGGGUUACUUGCCAUUAAUUUUUAUACCCCUUCCAAAUUUAUUUCUCCAUAUUAAAUGCCUCAAAUUGCAAGUAGGGGGUGAAAUUACACUGUAAAAAAAUUUGGGUCCAGAAUUUUAAAGGAAAGUAGUGAUUUGUUCAAGCUGAAAAAGGUUAAAAAUUAGCACUUCGGAAGCUGUCAAAAGAUUUCAAGACGCCCUAAACAUAAAAUUGUCCAUAUUUUGAGUUAGAGCCGAUGAAGUUUUCUAUAAUUUGUCCCAAAAGUAGUACAACACACUGUAAAAAAUUCUUUUGAGAAAGCGCAGAAGGGAUUUUUUUUAUUGUCAUUUAUGUUCUAAAAGAAAUGCACUACGAAAUAAUUGUGGUCUCGGACCAGAUAUGUCAUGUCAAACAUGACAAUACACAACAGGUUAACUAUAAUAUGUAUGGUCAUUAUUGUACUCAGACUCAUAAAUCAAAACUUUGAAUUUUACGAAUGUUUAGAAUCACGGUUUAUUUCCAGGCUUACAUUAACUGUAUUUGGCAAAACCUUUCGGAAUUUUGUGUACUCAAUGCUCAACUUCCUUUAUUUGGUGCGUGACUGAUGGUAUAGACAAACGGGUGUUCGGCGUACAAAAUUAUAACUACACAAUUUCAAUCCUGACAUCUAUGAUGAGUUUAUUUGUACUCUGACUACUAACUAUGUUUUAUGACUAAAAGGCAUGGACUUUCCCUAUCUGUCAGUAGACCCAUACGAAGUAUUCUGUUUAUUUGCUUUGAAUGUGUGAAUAUGCAGCUACGUCCAGUCGGAAUGGGGACGUUAAAUAAAAUCCCUCAAGUAGGUAGAUGUAACGCUCUGUAAAUUAAAAAAAAAAAGGCUUAAUGCUCUGUAGUAGGCUUGUUGCAGGGCAAAUUUUCUGUCUCUAUCAAAUAUUAUUCUUGUCAUCUAAAUAGUCGACCCUGAUUUCUGGUAGCGCAUAAAGUGAAACUCCUUUAUGGUAUUAUUCUCAUCUUGAUUUUUAUUUUAUGAAUGAAAAAUUUGCCACUGGACGUUAUGUGAACAGCAUCCAAUCAAUGACACAUGCGCCUAUUUCGUCAGAAGUAAAGUAAAAUAAACAGAAAAGUUACAAACACCCAAUGAACCUUUUAUAUAUAUAUUUCUUCCAAUUAGAAUGAACUGACUCUUAUUGUACAUGGAAUCUGUGUGCAUAGACGGAUCCAUUAAGUGACCUAGGUUUGGAACUUUACAUGGUGAUUCGUUGAUUGCACACAUGCCCCCUCUCCCACAACCACCACCCUUUUCAAGAUGGCGGGAUCCGCGUCAGGUGUAAAAUAUUACAGGAAGACAUUCCAAAAUAGUCAAACAAAAUAGUAUUGUAACUAUUGACGAGAAAUGUCAUGUUCUACCAUUAAAUAUAGCAAUUUACAUGUAUAUGUUCUAUAAAUCUGUUUCUAACCAUACUGUCAAAAGGUUAUUGUUUCGUCAUCUAUCAUGUGCAUGUAAGGACAAAUUAACACUAUAAUGAUACAUAAUGCAUUUAUUGUUAUAAUACAUAAUUU